UCCAAUCUCCAGAUUGCUUAAUUUCAUAAUUCGCAAUUACCGCGAUCGGUAAAAGCGGCGCUGUUGUUCGCGGGGUAAAGCAGAGAAGACGAAAGAGAGAGAAGGGUCUGGUAAGGACUGUGAAAAAAAACAUUGCAGACAAUUACAGAACUCAUGUCGUCGAAAAAGCUGUACGAUGUCUCGCCGGAGCAACGCGAAAUCGCGUUGUGGAGAGACGCGAAACGGAUGCAAUUGCGCCAAAUGUAUCUGAAAGACGCGGGCCAUCCAACCAAGAGCCUGCUCUUUGAUACAGGAAUAUACAGAUUUGCUGCUGCAAAAACAACAUACGAAAAGUAUUUCAUACCCACAGCGCUGAACUAUAUCACGCGAGUUGGAUUUAUUGCAGCCCUCGUCGUCGUCACAGCAAUGACAGUAAAAAAGACCAGGGAUGCAAAAGAACACUUGUACCGUACUGGGCAAAUUGAUUAUGCAAGCCGGAAUCAUAGAUUUGUUUAGAUGUGAUUAUUUUAACAAAAUACACGAAAUUGUUGAAUGUAACUUAAUUCUAGAUUGUAUAGCGAAAUAAAUUUACUACAAGUGAUACAUAUAUA